AUGGCGACGGCGGCCACGAUGAACGGCUCCCAGCAGGCCUUUGCGCCGGUCCUCUCUGCACUCGCGACCAUGUCUAGUAACGUGGACCGGUCACAGAAGAGCCAGGCCCACACUUUCCUCGAGCAAUUCCAGAAAUCCGCCGAGGCCUGGACAUCCACAUUUGCGAUCCUGCAGUCGGCAGGCUCCACAGACGAAGCGAAGCUGUUCGCUGCGACGACGUUGAAGGGAAAGAUAGUCUUCGACUUUCACCAGCUACCGCGAGAGUCGUGGCCGCAGCUCCGGGAGACUCUCCUCCAGGUUGUCGCAUCCUACGCCAAAGGCCCCAAGCCGAUUCGAACACAGCUAUGCGUCUGUCUAGCAAACCUCGCCAUCCUCAUGCUCGACUGGAAGAAUGUGCUGCAGACGGUCGUCUCGACAUUGGGCAGCGACCAGUCCGGCAUAUCUUGCGUCCUCGAGUUCCUGCAUGUGCUUCCGGAAGAGGUGACAGAGGGGAGAAAGAUUAAUUUGGCAGAGGAUGAGCUGAGAGAGCGGCAAGAGGAAUUGCUGGAGCAAAAUGGGCAACACGUUCUGCGCUUGCUUACCCAGUACGCUCAGUCCACACCGGAAGCACCGAACAACCCACAACUCCUGGAGUGUAUUACAUCGUGGAUCCGCGAGGUGCCCUUGAACGACAUUGUCAACUCGCCGCUCAUGGACGUCGUCAUGGCCGCCAGUCAAUCCGACACUUCCUUCGAUGCGGCUGUCGAGACGCUUUGCGCCAUCUUCAAGGAGACGAGAGAAGUCGACGAGAACAUGAACACCAUCAAGGCACUGUUUCCGAGACUAGCAGCACUAAAGCCGCGGAUAGCAGUGGUCGCAGAGGAAGAGGAUUGGGAGACUUUCAAGGGCAUCACACGAAUCUUCGCAGAAGCAGGAGAGGCUUGGGUCAUCUUAGCUGCGAGACAGCCUGGCGACUUCCGUGGGCUUGUCGAGGCUGUGCUCGAGUGUUGUAUGCGAGACAAGGACCGAGAAGCUGUGUCACUGACAUUCAACUUCUGGUACGAGCUCAAGCAAUACAUCACCUUGGAGCGAUAUAUGGAAGCUCGACUGCAAUACGUCGACAUCUACUCCAACCUGGUCGACAUCAUGAUCCACCAUCUGCAGUACCCUGUGCCUGAGAAUGGCAACGACUCUGACCUUUUCGAUGGCGAUCGAGAGGCAGAAGACAGGUUCCGCGAGUUCAGACACCAGCUGGGAGAUGUUCUCAAGGAUUGCUGCGAAGUUAUCGGUGUUACAGAGUGCCUACAGAAGAGCUUCGUCAAGAUCGAACAGUGGGUCAGCCAGUAUGGAUCUCAAGCCAGCGAUGGCAAGGUACCGAACUGGCAGGCACUCGAAGCACCACUUUUCAGCAUGCGAGCCAUGGGCCGUCAAGUGCCAUCCGACGAGAACAUCAUGCUGCCACGACUCAUUCCGCUGCUCGUUCAGAUCCCCGAUCAGGAGAAGGUGCGAUUCCAAGCUGUGAUGGCUUUGGGUCGAUACACAGAAUGGACAGCGCAACAUCCAGAAACUCUCCAAGAUCAGCUCAACUUCAUCCUUGCAGCCUUCACGCAUCCCUCUCAGGAAGUCGUACGAGCAGCCGCACUCAGCUUCAAGUUCUUCUGCAACGACUGCGCAGACCUGCUAUCAGGCUACAUGCCACAACUACAGUCGUUUUACGAGAAGAACCUCGAUAGUCUCCCAUCGUCCAGCCAAGAGGAGACCACAGAAGGUGUCGCAUCCGUCCUCACGAAGCAGCCGCUGGACACUCUCUACGACUCGAUGAAGCUUUGCUGCGAUCCAAUACUGAAGCGACUGAUGGUCAUGGCGAACAAUGCAACAGAAAAGGAGCAGAAGCUCGCCAUCGCCGACCACCUGAACCUCAUCACAAUCAUCAUUCAAUGGGUCACACCUUGGGUUGAGCCAUCACAACCCCAUCCGGCAGUGAAGUACUGCCAAGAGAUCUUCCCAACCCUGGCCACCAUCUGCGAUGCCUUCAUCAAUUUCGUCCCGAUUGUCGAGAGAGUCUGUAGAUGCUGGCGGUAUAUGGUACUGUCGUACCGCAUUCACGCUGCCCCUCUUCUACCUCAACUCGCCGAGAAGCUGUCCUCCGGAUUUGGUACUAGCAGACAGGGUUGUUUCUUGUGGGCGACUGAUAGCGUGGUGCGGGAGUUUUCAGAUGUUUCCGACUACGUCUCGCGUGAAACUACCGACAGCAUAUACGCCUUCUACGAGCAGCAAGCUACCACCUUUUUGCGCGCUCUCAACGACCUGCCACCCGAAGACCUUCCGGAUGUGAUCGAGGACUUCUUCCGGCUGACUACGGACGUGCUACUAUACCACCCAAGCAAGCUUGUCGCAUCCGCGCUGAUGUCGCCGAUAUUGUCAGCUGCGUCAACGUCGCUCACGCUGCUGAAGGAAGAGCCGCUGAUAGCUACACUCCACUUCCUUCGCGACUUCCUUUCGUAUGGUGGCGAGGAGAUGCCCUCGCCUUCUUUCGAUGCCAACGAUGGUACCUACAGUCUUCGAGCGAACCCUCCCCAGAUCCGCGAUACUGUUAAGAGCCUUAUCGCUGCAGAGGGCGAGACACUCGUGCAACGCAGCAUGACUGGCAUGAUGUACACUUUCCCUCAGGACUGCUUUCCAGACGCAUCAGGAGUUCUUCUCGGGCUCUUCCAGAUGAUGCCCAACGAGGUGGCGCAGUGGACUGCGAAAACGGUACAGAUGUUGCCAGCUGGCAGUAUUGCACCACAAGAAUCGGAGAGAUUGCUGCGUAACAUCCAGCAGCGUAUCGAUGGGAAAGAGAUCAGGAAGAUCCGUAGCCUGCUGCAGGACUUCACGAAUAGCUAUCGGAGGCGUAAUGUUGCACCACGGGAGGGACUGGGUCGAUUGGAGGCGACCAAGUUUAGGUUUGCGGGCUGA